UAACUAUAUAAAUAGUAGUGUUUUCCAAAGGGAGCAGCACAUUUUGUUCCAAAGUUCAAAAAUGACUAGUGACUUGGGAGAUGAAGAGAGAUUGGUAAUAUGCAUAGGUGAUGUCCAUGGAUACUACUCAAAGCUCAAAAAUCUAUGGUGCAAUCUCAAAUUUCAAACAAACCCAUCUCAAUUUAACAAAGCCUUAAUCAUAUUUCUUGGAGAUUAUUGUGAUAAGGGUCCAGAUACAAAUAAAGUGAUCGAUUUCCUAAUUGAUCUCCCUUCAAAAUACCCGAAUCAAAAGCAUGUGUUUCUGUUAGGGAACCAUGAUUUCGGGUUUUCGGCCUUUCUAGGACUACUUCCACCACCUUGUGAUGGGUCGGAGUUUAAGGAAGGAUGGAAAGAGUAUGAUGAAAGUAUUAAAGAGUUAGAAGGAUGGUAUUGUGGUGAAGGGUAUGAGGAUAUGCAUGUGCAAGGGAGAAGAUGGGGUGGGAAGAUCAAAAUUAAGCUCAAUCAAGCUACUGGCACUUAUUUUAAGGGAUCUGUUAAUAGUUCUGGCCCUACUUUUGAGUCUUAUGGAGUUCCUCAUGGGUCUUUUGAUUUGAGAAAUGCAGUGCCUGAUGAGCACAAGAAGUUUCUUGCUAAUUUGGUUUGGUUUCAUGAAGAGGAUAAUGUUUGGGUUGAAAAUGCGGAGGGCCGGAAGAAGUGUAAGCUGAUAGCAGUGCAUGCUGGAAUUCAUCGAGAAAAACCAGUGGUACAGCAACUAAAGCUCCUAAAAUCUAAGGACACUUCCAAACCAGUGGUAGAUUGUGUUCAUGGGAGGGAAAACUUUCGGGAUAUGCCACAGGAACUGAAAGAACAUCCAACCAUUGUAGUAAGUGGUCACCAUGGAAGGCUUCAUAUAAAUGAUCUGAGACUUAUAAUUGACGAAAUGGGUGGGCAUGAACACAGGCCAUUGGCUGCUAUCAUCCUCCCAUCCAUGAAAGUUAUCCGUGAUACUGAUUGUUCUGAUGAAAAUAAGAUUUGAGAAUUGAGUGAUGAUCCAUCUAAUUGUUUCAUGAUUUAAAUUUUGUAUUGGGUUAUGUAAAAAAUAAUAUAAUGUUGCAUUUAAAUAAGACUGGAGGAAGUGUACGGUGUUGGAUGAACAACCAUUGGUAACCUUUGUAGUUUGUAGUAUAGGGAUGAAGUUGAUGUUUCAUUUUACCUUUAUCGUAUUGGGAUUUACCUUUUUCCUCCAACAAA